AUGAACAUGGGUCAGAAAGUGUCAGGUGGGAUAAAGACAGUAACGUCUAGAGAGACUACCUACAAGGCACUUUAUAAAGGCGACAUGGUAUACAACCCAGACUUCCAGAAGCCCAGUCGACUGGACAUGCUACUGGACAUGCCGCCCACGUCAAAAGAUGUCCAAGUCAAUCAUUCAUGGAAUCCAGAUGAUCGUUCACUCAAUAUAUUUGUUAAAGAUGAUGACAAAUUGACUUUCCACAGACAUCCAGUUGCACAGAGUACAGACUGUGUGCGUGGUAAGGUAGGAUACACGCGUGGUCUGCAUGUGUGGGAAAUUGUGUGGAGCACGCGACAGCGGGGAACACAUGCUGUAGUUGGAGUGGGAACCAGUGAAGCACCCCUACAUUGUGUAGGAUAUCAGUCCUUGGUAGGUAGUAAUUGUGAAUCCUGGGGCUGGGACCUCGGCCGUAACAAACUUUAUCAUGAUGUGAAAAAUAACCCAGGUGUCACUUACCCUAGUCUAUUAAACUCAGAUGAGAACUUUGUUGUGCCCGACAGCUUCCUCGUGGUGCUGGAUAUGGACGAGGGUACAUUAAGUUUUGUUGUAGACGGACAAUACCUUGGUGUUGCAUUUAGAGGCCUCAAAGGAAAGAAACUUUAUCCUAUAGUGAGUGCUGUGUGGGGACAUUGUGAGAUCACCAUGCGGUACAUAGGAGGGCUGGACCCUGAACCAUUACCAUUGAUGGACAUCAGUAGACGCAUCAUUCGCCAUAACCUUGGUAAAAGCAGACUCCAUGAAAUUAACAAGCUUCCAUUACCAAAUUCUAUAAAGAAUUACCUUCUUUAUCAAUCAUAG